AUGGACUUGAACCCCUCGCCUCGAAAUGGGAACCCGCUACAACAGCUCUACCAAUCGCGCCGGUCGCUUCGCUGGAUUGUAUUCCUCGUCCUCGCAGCCCUCGCGGUCAUCUACAUGACUGGAUCGUCCUACCAACCCUACGGCGCGGCCAGCAGCGGCGACUCCACCGGCAGCAGCACCGGCCACAAAUCCUCCACGUCCGGAUUCAAGCACACGCACAAGAAGCAGGCGAAGCAUCUGAGUCCGGUCGAUUUGAUGAAGCGACCGAUAUCGCGCGAUUUGCAAUCCAUGCCCAAAUUGAUGCACCAAAGCUGGUCCUCGACCGAGCUGCCGGCCAAGUUUGAACGCUGGAGUUCUUUGUGCCGGCAGCAACACCCUGAUUGGGAGUGGGUGCUGUGGACGGACGAGGACAACGAAGAGUUGGUCAGGAUGCAUUUUCCGUGGCUGCUGAAGACAUACCUGGGCCUGCCCAGCGUCAUCUACCGGGCGGAUUUGGUGCGAAACCUCUACAUGUACAUGUUCGGAGGAGUCUAUGCCGAUCUGGACAUUGAGUGCCUGCGGCCAAUUGACCAGCUUUUGGCCGAAUACAACGUGACGACUGUCUCGCACGGCAAACCACGACCCCAGUCCACGCAGAACAUGCAGAAGAGCGGCCGAAAAGCCUUCUUCGGCAGAAUGGGCACAGACACGGGCUCCUCAAACUCGAUCCCCAAUGCCUGGAUGGCGUCGACGCCGGGCCACCCCUUUUUCCUAAUCGUGCUCGAGUCGGUCAUGAAGAGGAUGAGCGAAGAAGGUGGUGACAUGGAAAACGUCGAGGGUAUCACAGGGCCCGGAAAGCUGUACGACAUGAUCAACGAAUACACCCAGCCCGAGAGCAAAUGGGCGGGAGAAGCGCUCGACAGGCAUGUGGCCAAGAACCCAACGGCCAAGCAGUUCAACCCGCGCAAGGGAUUGAAACAUUCCAUCGAGGUGCUGCCCUUCCAAUACAUUUACCCCUACUCGUGGGAGCGGGAUGGCGAGGCCUUCCGAGACGUCUGCUGGGCCACCAAGGAAACAUUCAACUCCGAGAGAUGCAAACAGCUGCUCGCCACCGAUCGCUGGCCCAGUUAUACGAUUACCUACUGGAGCCACACUUGGACCAGCGGUGGUCAUGACGACGGAAAUGUACAGAAGCUUGAAAUGUCAGAUCAAUGA